AUGCGCAUACACCCAGUUUUCCACAUCAAUCUUCUGACAAAAUUCCAUCCUGAUCCUCAUGGGCGCAACCCUCCUCAACCUGCACCAGUUAUCACAGAAGAAGGUGAAGAGGAAUAUGAAGUAGAAAGAAUUCUGGACAGUAAAUGGAAAGGAUGCGGUAAAGCAGGAAAAUUGUGGUACUUGAUCAAAUGGAAGGGAUAUGAUGAAGGGAGUAAUUCAUGGGAACCAGUGGAUAAUGUGGAUAAUGCUCAAGAAGUAAUAGAGGAGUUUCACAAGGAAAACCCUGAUGCAGUUGGAGCUUGA